UAAAUUGCGGGAUAAAUAAUGAAUGUUGAUGAAAGUAUCCAUCUCCUGUUGUUGUCUCCUCAAGUGAUCCCUCGAUCAUUGUUCUAUCGAUCAGUCAGGAUGCCACGUCCAAUCCUGUACACCGCGGAGAUGAGUCCACCCUGUCGUGCUGUACUCCUCGCAGCUGAAGCUAUCGGUGUGCAAUUGGAAAAACGAGAAAUCAGUAUAUUCAAUAGAGAUCAGCUGCAGGAGAGCUUUCAAAAGAUUAAUCCGCAGCACACGAUUCCCACUCUCGACGACAACGGCCACAUCAUCUGGGACAGUCAUGCUAUCAUCUGCUAUUUAUGUGAUAAAUACGGGAGGGAUGACUCUCUGUACCCGAAGGAUUUGGAGAGAAGAGCAAUUAUUGAUCAGCGGUUGUACUUCGACUGCGGAAUACUUUUUGCUCUUCUCCGGGGAAUAGCAUUUUCAAUAUUUGUGCACAAUCAAACAACAAUUCCAGAGGACAAAAUCGAAUUUGUGAAAGAAGGUUAUGACUUUAUGAAUAAAUUUUUGCAUGGGAAGAAAUGGCUCGCCGGAGAUUCGUACACUUUGGCGGAUAUCAGUUGUGUCGCAUCGAUCAGCAGUUUGGAUGCAUUUGUACCGGUCGCCCCAUACCCUAAUGUAGCUCGUUGGUUGAAAAUCUGUGAAGAGGAGCUUCCAGGAUAUGCGAGAGCGAAUGGUCCAGGGGUGAAAAUGUUUCAUGAAUACUUCAGAGCGAAACUGCAACCGUAAAUAAAAAAUAUCCCUUGUUGAUUGUCAAUAAAUGGUUAUUGUUUCAUUGAA